AUGAAUUCUGUCUGCUACAACGGGGGCAACGAUAGACUUAUCCAUGAGGCCGAUCAGCUUAUAUCUUACUUAGAGCGGGGAUCCACGGUACUAAAAUUUUAUCCCCGAAAACGACCUGAACGUUUAACCUUAUCAGUUCGCCGGGAAACUCAUCAAGUUAUAUUGUUCAGAAAUGGCGCACCACAAAGACAUGCUCUAGAAGGAUCUUUAGAUAUAAGAGAUAUUAAAGAGGUGCGGAUUGGCAAGAAUUCGAAAGAUUUUGAGCGAUGGCCUGAAGAGACUAAAAGACUGGAAAAUUCAAAAUGCUUCACUAUAUACUAUGGAACAGAGUUUAAAUUGCGGUUUAUGUCUCUUGCUGCCCAAACUGAUAAGGAAUGUGAGACUUGGGUAAAAGGCAUAAGGUUUUUGGUUGAGGAAGCUGUAAACACAUCAUAUCCAUUGCAAAUAGAAAGAUGGCUAAGGAAAGAAUUUUAUGCAAUAGAGAAUUUGCAUGAAAAGAUUACUCUUAAGGAGGUAAAGGCAUUUCUGCCUAAAGUGAACUGUAAAAUUUCGACAAGUAAAUUAAGAGACAUUUUCCAAGAAGUUGAUACAAAUAAAUGUGGUGAAAUUGGUUAUGAUGAUUUUUCAAUACUUUAUCACAAGUUAAUAUUUGAUGAAAAUAAUGUGCAUGAUAUAUUUGACAAGUAUUCUCUCUAUUGUGCUAAUGGCACUACCAUUACUCUUCGUGAAUUCCAAAGAUUUUUACUAGCUGAGCAACAUGACAAACUAGGAGAGGAUGAGGGUAAAGCUUCGCAGUUUAUUAGGGAUUACUUACGUGAUCCACAAAGAGAUAUUUAUGAACCGUACUUUACGUUGAACGAAUUUAUAGAAAUGCUAUUCUCCAAACAUAAUACAAUUUGGGACAGUCAACAUGACCAAGUAACACAAGAUAUGACAAAACCACUUUCACAUUACUGGAUCUCGUCUUCCCAUAAUACAUACCUGACUGGAGAUCAAUUCUCAAGUGAAUCUUCAUUAGAGGCUUAUGUGCGUUGCUUAAGAUCUGGCUGCAGAUGCAUAGAAUUAGAUUGCUGGGAUGGUCCGGAUGGGACUCCAUUUAUUUAUCAUGGUCAUACAUUAACAACGAAAAUUAGAUUUAUGGAUGUUUUACGUACCAUCAAAGAACAUGCUUUCAUCACUUCAGAUUAUCCCCUUAUUUUAUCAAUUGAAGACAAUUGUUCUCUACCUCAGCAAAGACGUAUGGCAAGUGCCUUUCAGGACGUAUUUGGUGAUAUGUUGCUGGUUCAGCCAAAUGAGAAAAAUGAAACUAGCUUACCAUCACCACAUGACUUACGUCGAAAGAUUAUCUUGAAGCACAAAAAAUUACCUGAAGGUGCUGAAGAAAAUUCGUUUGCGGUCCGCCAAGAAGAGGGCAAAGACUUAGAUCUACGAAAUUCUAUUAAAAAUGGCAUUUUGCUCUUAGAAGAUCCUGUUGAUAAAGAAUGGAACCCUCAUGCUUUUAUCUUAACUGAAAGUAAAUUAUAUUAUACAGAAAACUAUAGCACACAGGGCGAAACAGAUAUUGACAGCGAUGGUGAACCAGAAGUUGACAAUGCAAGCAUUCCUCAAGAUGAAUUGCAUUUUGGUGAAUGUUGGUUUCAUGGUAAAUUGGCUGGUAAUAGGCAAGAAGCAGAAGACCUACUACGAGCACAUUCUCAUCUUGGGGAUGGCACAUUUCUUGUCAGAGAAAGUGUUACGUUUGUUGGUGAUUACUGUCUGUCAUUCUGGAGACAAGGCAAAGUAAAUCACUGCCGCAUUAAAUUAAAGCAAGAAAGGGGUGUUACUAAAUAUUACCUUAUAGACACAGUGUGUUUUGAUAGUCUUUAUAGUUUAAUUACUCACUACAGGCAACAUCCACUACGCAGCCAGGAAUUUUUAAUAACCCUAAAGGAGCCUGUACCACAGCCAAACAAACAUGAAGGUAAAGAUUGGUAUCAUCCUCACUGCUCACGAGCUCAAGCUGAAGAAUUGCUUCGUAAGGCAAAUAUAGAUGGCGCAUUCUUAGUUAGACCUAGUGAAAAAGAACAGGGUUCCUUUGCAAUAAGCUUUCGGACUGAAAAAGAAAUUAAGCACUGCAGAAUAAAACUCGAGGGCAGACUGUACACCAUAGGCACAGUCAAGUUUGAAAGUCUGGUGGAGUUGGUGUCAUAUUAUGAAAAACAUCCAUUAUAUAAAAAAGUUAAACUAUGGUAUCCUAUCAGCGAGGAUAUUGUCAGAAGCAUAAUAACAGAACCUGAUGACAGCUCGGUAUAUGGAACACCAGGCUACAUGGACCCCACGUCUUUUACCUCUAAGGUGACAGUUAAAGCUUUGUACGACUACCGUGCACGGCAAGAUGACGAACUAUCGUUCUGUAAACACGCAAUCAUCACUAACGUGGACAAGCCUGAUGAGGGCUGGUGGCGCGGCGACUAUGGCGGCAAACGACAUCAUUGGUUUCCCGCCAACUAUGUGCAGGAGAUCGAGACGCCACACAUUCCUGAUAUAACUAGUUGUCUAGACAGCGAAAAUGCAGUCCUGGGCUCUCUUCAGAAAGGAGUCGUAGAUGUUUUGGGUGCCGUCGUGGAACUUGUCGUGGGGGAGGAAGGCGGCUCGGCCAGAUGGUUGGUGCGCAUACAAAGCCCAUCUAUGUGUGCGCCGUUCGAUAUGGCGGCGCCGACCAGAGAAAUAGCACUGGAAUGGCUCUCAGCGAUAAAAGAAGCAGCACACAGUGCGAGUGCCAGGUCACUCCAACAUAGAAAAAUGGAGCGCACUUGGAGAAUUGCCAAAGAAAUGUCCGAUCUCAUCGUGUAUUGCCGAUCUGUUGCCUUCAAUCAGGACAGAUUGAGAAACAAAGGUUUUAUCUUUAACGAAAUGUCUUCAUUCCCCGAAACCAAAGCAGAGCGACUCAUGUGCCAAGAGUCAUCUCAGACGUUCUUUAUCAAAUACCACGCAGUGCAACUUAGCCGCAUUUACCCUAAAGGUCAGCGAAUCGACUCCUCGAAUUAUAAUCCAGUGCCGUUCUGGAAUGCGGGUUCUCAAAUGGUCGCCCUCAAUUAUCAGACUCCAGACAAGCCUAUGCAGAUAAACAUGGGGAAGUUCAAAGAGAACGGGGGCUGUGGUUUUAUUCUGAAGCCAGAAUUUAUGUUCGAAGAGGGCUACAACCCGCAGGACAGGCGGAGUAUCGAGAAGAAAGUGAAACCGGUGACGGUCAUGCUCCGCGUUGUUGGGGCUAGACACCUUUGCAAAUCCGGUCGAGGGACUGCUAGUCCGUUUGUUGAAGUAGAAAUCAUUGGUGCUGACUACGACAGUGGAGUUAAGCUGGUUACAAAGACUGUCACUGACAAUGGCAUAAAUCCAAUAUGGAACGACAUCUGCGAGUUCGAGAUAGCGAAUCCGGACCUUGCUCUUAUUCGGUUCGUGGUCCAGGACGAAGACAUUUUCGGCGAUCCGAACUUCAUUGGCCAGGCAACAUACCCUUUAAAGUGUCUUCGCACAGGAUAUCGCAGCGUUACUCUCACUAACGGCUAUUCAGAAGAAUUAGAACUUUCAUCUCUCCUUGUUCAUAUAACUCUCAUUUAA